CCUUUAUUUUACAACUGUUAGUUAAAGAAAAUAACUAAAAAGACAUCCACACGCUUACACGAGCUAAUCGGUGAAGCUCAUGAAUGAAUUCAGGCAAAUUCAGUCCAUGAUCGAAUUCAUCGAUCGUGAAGCCCAAGAAAAAGUUGACGAAUUGGAAUGUGCUGCGCAAGAAGAAUAUGAUAUCGAAAAAAUGCGAUUAGUCGAACAAGAAAAAUUGAAAAUACGCCAAAACCUUGAAAAGAAGAAAAAGCAAGUCGACGUAGACCGCCGAGUGGCUCGAGCGAACUAUACGAAAACGCAACGCAUGCGGGUAAUGGAGGAGCGAGCUAAAAUUAUGGAAACCCUUUACGAAAAUACCCGUAAGAAGGUCGAAACAAUAGUAGCCAAUCCUAGCACUUAUAGACCUCUACUGGUUAAUAUUGUUCGCCAGUCUAUCCUUGCCAUCCAAACAGACGCUAUUAUUCAGUGCCGCAAGGAAGAUGAAACUGAAAUCCAUCAAAUGCUGAAUGAUUUAAUGAAUUGGUAUCAAAUUAAGACCGGGUCCUCUAUUUCGAUUAAAAUCAAUGAAGAAUAUCUCAACACCGAUGAUGCAUGGGGAGGGGUUGUGGUCAGCUCGGUUGACGGCCGCAUUAGAUGUAAUAAUACACUAUCCUACCGCGCUACCAUGUCCUUUGAGGAACAACUUCCCACAAUACGUUUUUAUCUUUUUAAUCCUGAGGCUACUGUUUGAUAAUAUGUUAGUAUCAUACGAGACCACCGAUCUCUUCAAUUGUGUUUCUUUUCUUUUUAUAUAUUUCUUUAUGAUAUUAUAUUAAAUCCAACCGAUUGGGGAAUGGCACAUAAUGAUCUUAGGUUGAUCCCAUCU